AUGGCCGCCGCUACUUGGGCGGCGUUAGGCUUGCUCCUAACCAUGGUGAGCUGGUUCUUCGCGCCCCUCAUCGCCUCUUUCAUCACCAAGUUCACUGCCCGCUUCGGGGCCGACACAUCCAAGAAGCUCAAGCAUCUGGAGAUCACCAUCCUCCAGGAGCUGGAGAAUACGCUGCCUCAGUUAGAUGAGGCGAGGGUUGUGGAGAGAGGAAAGACAUCAUCGGAAUUGUCCAGGCUCCACGAGCUGGCCGCCAUGCUGAGGCACGCUCAGGAGGAUGCGGAAGACAUCUUGCAUGAUCACCAGGCCAUCAAGCUGUACCGCAACAGGUGGAUUGAGCGCCUGUGCACCAUGUCCACAUGCGUCGCUUGUUUCACCUGGAUCUGCGUGUGGAUUGCACGCAUCGUCUCGGGUGGGUCGGCAUGGCUACUGCAGUGGUUCAUGGGGCCCGGCCUGGUGGCUACAGCUGCAGUUCAGGCGACUGCUGUAGUUCAGGCUACUGCUACAGUUCUGGCGGCCUCUGUCCGCAGCGGAUCCAGUCGGCUACUUCCCGUGACUAAUUUCAGUGCUAUGGCACCCUCAUCCAGCUACUUUGGCGUCUUCAAGAACCUUUGUAGAUCCACAAUCAACCGGUUACUGUCUGUGUAUAAUGAAGCCUGCUUGCAACGAAACUCGUGCCUCAAGGGGGUUGGCAUCACAAGCAAACAGGGUAUAAUAGAUUGUGUCAUUACUGCUAUCUCAAGACAUAACUUGAAGAAAAGAAUAGAUGAGGUAGAAAGUACCGUCAAUGAUGUGAAGAAGUCAGCAGCCUUGAUCAUAAGCAAGAGCACACUGGAUGUGUCCUCGGAAGAAAAGAGCACACUGGAUGUCUCCUCCGGAAAAAAAAGCACACUGGACAUCUCCUCAGAAGAAAACAGUAGACCGGAUAUUGUCAAGGAGAAAAGGAGUGAAAUUAGAACUGCUAGCAACCAUGAUGUGUUUGGUCUAAAGAAGUUCCGUCAAUCUAUCAUGAGAAAGCUCCGCAUGGCACCACAGAGGUCGAGUACUAGCUCUUGUUACUCUGCGAUUGGCAUAUAUGGUCUUUCAGGGUCAGGGAAGACUACCUUUGCAAGGUAUAUUCAAGACCACAUAAAGAAGGAAUGCAAGGAUAAGAAAGUUUUCCACACCAUCAUGUGCAUUCAUGUCUCAAAUAAAUUCGAUGUGAAGGAAAUUUUCCAAAAUAUGCUAAAGGACAUUACCAAUGAUCUCAACGCCAAUAUUUCAGAUCCUGUCGAGCUAGAAAAGAAGUUGGAGGAAUCAUUGGAAGGCAAACGUUUCUUCUUAAUAUUGGAUGAUUUCUGGGUGGUGGACAAGAACAACAAGGAUCUGAAGAAACUAAUCUCUGUGCUCAAGGUUGGGCGGAAAGGAAGCAAAAUCCUGGUGACGGCUCAAACAAAGGCUGCAGCUGGAACUCUAUGUGAAUUUGACGACGAACCUGUUCGAAUGCCUGUUUUGAGUGAGGAUCAAUGUUUGGCGAUCCUUAUGCAUUAUGCACUAGGUGACACAAGUGUUGUUGAUCGAGAUGGCUUUGAACGAGCUGGGAGGGAUAUCGUGAAAAAGAUAGGCAGAUCACCUAUUGCAGCAGCAAUAGUGGCAGUACGACUUGGGGCAGAACGAGACAUUAAAGUUUGGGAAAAUACUGCAAAUCUUGACAUGUUGAGUGACACCAGGGCAGCUUUGUGGUGGAGCUAUAAGCAGUUUACUCCAGACAUCAGGCGGUGUUUUGAAUACUGCAAUAUUUUCUCAAAAGGAAUUGCGUUAGAAAAAGGGGAUGUAGUUAGCCUGUGGACAGCGCAAGGGUUUGUUAAGACCAAUGGAAACGAGGACAUGGAAGCUGUAGCUGAGAGCUACUUUCAAGCGUUACUGUCAUUCUCAUUUCCGAAACAUGAAGAAGAUAAGUGGGGUGGUGAUUUCUAUAGAAUUCAUGAUAUGCUGCAUGAUUUAGUAAACUACAUCACUAAAGGUGAUUGCUUCAGAAUCGAGUAUGCAACUGGAGAGACAGUAGAAGACAAGGAACAAGUUGUCCCUCGAGAUGUCCGCCAUCUGUUUUUUCUGAACUAUGAUGCAGAAUUGAUCAAGAAGGAGAUCGAUGGAUUGGACAACUUACGAACUCUCAUCAUUUAUAGUGUUAAGCCGGAUAGACCAGUUGAGGAAGAAGUCAUGGAGAAUAUAUGCAAGUAUUGUCCAAAACUGCGGGUACUGGCUGUUGCUUUCGGCGGUCAAAUUCACAAACCAGAGAAGUUCUCGUUCCCAGAGUCUAUUAGCCGGCUAAAGCGGCUAUGUUAUCUUGCUUUCAGGACUGGCUAUUCAUGUGAGGUAAUUUGUCCAAGCGCAUUUGCUGAACUUUGGCAUAUCCGAAUGCUAUAUUUCGGCCAUGCCCUACUAUGUAACAUAGGCAGGCUGACCUCACUGCAAGAGAUGGCAGAGUUCAGAGUGAUGGAUAAAGCAGGGUACGAGCUACAUCAGCUUGGGGGCCUGGACAAGCUUCGCGGUACACUGGCGAUUGUUUGCCUUGAUAAUGUUAAUAGCCAGGAUGAAGCAGUUAAAGCCAAUUUAUCCGUCAAGAAAGGGCUCAGAAAGCUUACACUGAAGUGGCAAUGUUAUGAACUAUCCCAGGUAGUCCAACCAGACCAUGUACUUGAGAUCCUGUGCCCUCCCAUGAAGCUUCAAGAACUGGAAAUCUAUAACUACAAUGCCUCAGCGUACCCAAGUUGGAUGGAGAAUAGGGAGAAGGGUGGCCCAAAAGACCUGAAACAUCUUAUGCUGUGGAGAUUCGGUCAGCAGGGACCUCCUCAAUUUGUAGAGGCUUUCCCUCGACUUCGUGUGCUCCAUCUUAGGUGCUGCAGCUGGGAUGCCUUACCAGGCAAUAUGAGGGACCUCACAUCGCUGGUGGAACUGAUGAUCAAUGCAUGCCCAAAUAUCCGAUCACUCCCAACACUACCGCAGUCUGUUUUGAGCUUUGAUCUUCAAGAUUGCAAUGUUGAGUUCAUGAAGUCCUGCAGGGAACCCGGACAUGAAAACUAUGAAAAGGUUAAGCACUUAUGGAGGAGAUGUCCUGCUGACCCACGACGAUCAUUUGACAAAUUGCUUGGGAAAGAUUGGGACAAGAAUCUGUGA